CCGACUUUGUUGGCACGAAAACUAGGCGAAAACACUCUUUUUGUUUUGCUUUAAAGCAGCCACUUGGUUGUUUUGUUUUACCAGUUUCACCGGUUUUACCACCGGGUCCGAACGCUAUGAACGCAGAGUUCAAAUCGAUAACGGCAUCACUUUCACUUUUUUUUUCUUUAGAUUUUUACGUCUUGCGCUGUGUUUUGUUAUCUGUGUUCAAGUGUUCCUCGGUCGCCGGUCUGCGGUUUGCCCCGUUUAGCACGCUGCAUUGAACUUACCUUGCCAAACACGUUCUCGCAUCUGUACGCCGAGCAAGUGGUUUUCGAUUGUGAACACAGCCACAUUGUCUCAAGUCUGCUCAGCUUUAGUCUCGCCCAUUGCGUGAAGAUCGAAGAUGCAACGCAUUUGCCGGCCCUGAUGUAGAAGGCCGCUCCUACAAAUUUGUGAACGCAUGUGCAUGGAAAGAUCGUCCUUCAAGCUGUAUAGGACUUGUGUGAAAUUUCAGUAACAUCGUCAAAAGUGAGUAGUGAUCGCUCUGCAGCCUCUGCUGAGUAUUCCGUCAUGUCGACGUUGAUGAUCAAGACAUUCCAUGCGCUUGGCUUCGCCGUGUACGCGUUUGGUAUAUAUUACUCCGAAGUGCACCUGGACAUUCCACAGAGGAACCCCAAGCACAAGAUGUUCGGUCGCUACAAAUAUCUCACCCACUGGAACUUGAUGCUGCAAGGUGCCAUGUUUACGCUCUUUUGCAUCAUUGAUUUUGCACCACUUCGAGAAAAGAGGAAACUGCUGAAGUUCAGAGACCACACAUUUCUCUCUCUUUCACUGCCAACGUGCAUUUUUGUUUCAACAUUCUUCUGGGGGCUCUACAUCUUUGACCGGGAGCUCAUUUUUCCGAAGCAGCUGGAACUCUAUUAUCCGGCAUGGUUGAACCAUUUGUCGCACACAGCUAUUAUUGUGUUUGCUCUGAUUGAGCUCUCGCUCUACUAUCAUGUACAGCCAAACAGAAAUGAUGGAUUCGUCACUGUUCUUGGCCUCGUCACAUCUUAUGUAGGAUGGCUGAUGUAUCUUGGGUUGAGGCAUGGCAUCUGGGUGUACCCAGUCUUGGAGGUUCUCUCUCCGGUGUUCUUAAUGGUUUUCGUGGCGGUGUCUAUCCUCCUCCUAUUCGGCUGCUACAUGAUCACCGAAAAGAUGAACCGCUUCUUCUGGCCGGAUGUCCACGAACGUGUGGUUCUAAAUUCGGUUCGGCGGCGGCAAGAAUGAAGACCGAGCAUGAUUUUCAGUUCUGGAAGUUGCAGGGGAUGGCACUACCACCACCUAGUCACAACGACUGGCAUCUGGUCUGCAGAAAGUCAUUCUGAGCUGCAGUAUUACUUGAGUGGUCAACUGGAGAAUGGUUGCUUAAUUCACUGUUCCCUUUGAUCUUGUCUUAAUGUUUGUCAAACAUGUUGGUUUGGGUAACAUUACAAUGCUGCCUUUCAAUGCCAAAGCAAAUGAGUCAAAGAAGCCCAGAUUUUAUAGCAAAUUUAGGGCAAUAACUAUUUUUGUUGGAGUGGUAUAUGAACUUGCACAUAGUGCAUAUGAAAUGGCUAUACCGUAAUAUAUGCAAUGCACUUGAAGCGCCUGUUAUCACCCUUGUGACCAAAAUAGGUCCAAUAUAAACUUUUAUCGGUUGAUUCUGCCGCGUUGGUUUUGGCGGUCGCAUUUAUGAAAUGGUUCACCUUCAGUAGUACGAAGGAUGUUCUAGCUUUGAAAACAAAGUAAUUUGAGAGUACAAAGCAGUUAGGGAGUUUUUCCAGUGUCAUGCAAGUUUCAGUUAUGCUUGCUUCUCCCUCACUUUUUGCUCAUUGAAAACCCCUGUUCCAUGUUGAAAAACAGUUGAGAAAUCACUUAUCCUUGUGAUCUACUGGUUAAACCACAAAGAGACCUUGUGUACAACAUCCGACACUCCAGUAACCAAGGUGGUGAUAUGGCUUAUAGUAACGCAGUAAUGUAUGCCUCAGCUACAUUGUAGUUAUGUGUGGUCGGUACAAAGUUGAGGUAGCCUACACUUCUUAAGUAUCGGGCUGUUAGACCAAUUAGUCUGGACUGACAUUCUCAUGUUGCAUGAUACCAAUUGAAGCACGGUGAUUGUAAGUGCCCCACAGGUGUUUACUAGGUACAUGGAGGUAGGAAGCUUCUGGAGGCGACAUGACGCCACCAGAGGUGAAGCCAGAAGUGUGGAGGAGCACGCCCCCCAACGAUGACCAGAGCCAAGAGACGCUAUUGGACGAGGAGGAGGGCUGACUUACAGCUGUUUUGGUCAGCUCUCCUUUUCGUCCAGUAGCGUCUUUUGGUUUUGGUCAUCGCCUUUGGCCACACUUCUGGCCACACUUCUGGCUUCACCUCAUGGCGUUAUGUCGCUUCCAGAGGCCUGCUAACCCAUGAUUAGGUAGAAACGACCGGUUAGUAAACAUUUUGUUUCAACCCAAUUAAGAAGUCUGUUGUAGGGCAAAGGAGAUUUCUCAGUUGAAGUUAUAUGCUAUGUGUUGUAGUAGGCCGUUUCGUUACACACAGGGUAUUUUGUUCUGUUUUCACACUUCGUUGUGGGUAAAAGCAAAGUAAUUAUUUAGUACAUGCUAGUCCCAGUGUUCUAGGAGCAAAGCAGGUUUAUUUUAUUGCCUAUUCGAGAGUUUUUUCUUACAAAGAGUUUGUUCAAACAGAAGUUACGUAAUUGCUACCUCUUGAAGCAACCUUUGAAACGUUCUAAGCCGUGAACUAUUUUGCAUUCCAGAGAGGACCCUAUUCAUGUUUUUUUGUUACUUAAAUAUAUUUACCAUCGUUGAAGCCUGUUGUGUCGACCUGUUUUUGUUAUAGUAAAUGUGGUUUUUAGUCACUGGGUUCUGGGUGUUCAAUAAAGUCAUUUUAAUGUCA